UUUUUUUCUUCACCAGGCACGAUAUUUCAUUAGAUCUUCCUUGGGUCACAAAUUUGUAAACGGCGAAUUUGCAAGACUUGGAGGAGAUGAAUUACGAAUUCGAGCGAGAGACGGGUUUUAUCAAUAGUCAGCCGUCGCUCGCUGAGUGCCUGACAUCUUUUCCCCCUGUCGGUGAUGCAUUUCAAAGUUCAUCAAUCAAAAGCUCGACGCUUUCACACUCGACACUGAUUCCUCCUCCUUUUGAGCAGACCAUUCCAAGCCUGAACCCCGGCAGCCACCCUCGCCACAGCCGGCCCAAGCAGAACCCUAAUGGCUCAUGCCCGCUGCCUGCCGCAUCCCUACCCCCAGAGUACCCUUGGAUGAAGGAGAAAAAAGCAUCCAAGAAAAACCAGACAACUUCGACAGCAACAACUACGGAUCCUGGUCCACUGUACUUCUCCCCUCAAGGCUCGCCCGAGAUUUCUGAUGGUGGCAAUGGGGCAACUCGCCGACUGAGAACAGCGUACACGAACACUCAGCUGCUGGAGCUGGAGAAGGAGUUCCACUUCAACAAGUACCUCUGCAGGCCACGGCGGGUGGAGAUCGCCGCUCUGCUGGACCUCACCGAGAGGCAAGUCAAAGUCUGGUUCCAAAACCGGAGGAUGAAACACAAACGGCAAACGCAGUGCAAAGAGAACCAUCACGGCGAGGGGAAAGCACAGAGCAUGGAGGAGGCAGGAGGACGGGGUGAUGGGAAAUCUUUUUUCGAGCAAGUGGCAAACAAUGUAUCUGGAGCGCUUUUGGAAAGGGAGGGUUAUCCAUUUCAACAGAAUACCUUAACUUCUCAACAGUCACAGAAUGGGCACAAUAGUGAUUCCCAAAGCGCAACUGUCUCGCCUUUAGGUAGCAAUGACAAACAUCUGAAACAUUUUCUCAACCCGUCACCCACUGUUCCUAUCUGCGCCUCAACAAUGGCCCCGGAUUGUGCAUCUGGCCAGGACAAUGGCAGCCCCUCGGCCCUGGACGUCUCUUUACAGGACUUUAACGUUUUCUCCAACGAUUCCUGCUUACACCUCUCAGAUGCCGUGUCCCCAAGUUUGUCAGAGUCUGUAGACAGCCCCAUUGGUUUAUCCACGGAGGCCUUUGAUUUCUUCUCCGAGACGCUUACAACAAUCGACCUACAACACUUGAGCUACUAACUCUAACUGAAGUUUCAUUAUAGGGACGUCAAUAUCUUUCUCACAAUGAUGGCCUGUGUGUUUAAUUGUGACUUUAAAAAUAGGUCUAGAGCAUUAAUCAAUGAGGUAAGUUUCUCAAUAAUCGAGUGACCAUUUUUGUUUACAGAGAAAAUAUGGCAGGAAAAAUGGAUAUUUUUCACGUUUUAUUUUUGUAUCUCU